AUGUCUGCGGCCCUCGCACAGAAGGGCGAAGGAUGGGGCGACAGCUACGCUUUGGUGGCUGAAGAGCUGCACUGCAGUAUCUCCCAUAUGCGGGGAUGGCAGAUCACUGGACUGGCCGGAGCUGCACCAACUGAACCUUUGCCACGCUUGAUCCUCCACAGAUUUGAGUGUAUUUCAAGUUCAACCACUGGCCCGGCAAGCCCUAAAGGCGCUGAACGCGCGGAGCUGUCACCAUCCCGGAUCCUCUGCCACUGCACCGGGGCCCCAAGACAGUGCCUCCUGCAAGACCGUGCCUUAUGCCACGCGCCCGCUAGGGUGCUGGGACCCCUCGUUUCUGGAAGCUGCACAAUCGGUGGAGGGAUCUUCGUGAUUCAAGUCGAGCUGCCGCAGCGGUGCCGUGGGAGAAGGGAGCAAAUGGCGCCUCGUGCUGGAAUGUAA